ACGACCACACUCAUCUAGCGAAGCACAGCAGAGCAGUUUCAGAGACCUUCCUCGUAGUCUUUCUUUUGCUUUUUGAAUUUUUUUAUUUAUUUUUGUUGCUGUCUGUAGUUUUACUUUUACACACUCAAGCUGGCAACCAUCGAUCCAGGGAUAAUGGAGUUAUCGCUGAUGGCAGCACAGCAUUUCCCGGCUGUGAGCGGGGCCUUCAUGGAUUCUCCGUACAAUGGCAACACGUCCCUGCAGACGUCCACCUCCAACCUCAACACCGGCUACUCUCGACCCUCGGAAGCAGAGGAUGAUGGAAAAGUGUCCAGUGACACCAUCUGGCUGUGGAUCGCUGUGCUGGCAACCAUCGGCAACAUAGUGGUGGUGGCCGUGGUUUGUGCCUGUGCCUUCUGACAAGAUGGACGAGUGGAGCAGAAACGCUGCUGCUGUCGGAUGAUGGGAAACCUUGUAUAUCCUGAAAAUAUAUUUUUCUUCG